AUGUGUGGUUCCGACUUGUUUCUUGCCAUUCUGGCAAUAUUCUUCCCACCUGUAUCAGUGUGGAUUAAACUAGGUGUCUGCACGGCCGACUCUAUCAUCAACAUUGCCCUCUGCUGUCUCGGAUACAUCCCUGGCCUCCUUCAUGCUUGGUACAUCAUCCUCAAAUACCCAGAGCCGGAUUAUGACGACCCAUCAUACGAGCCAGUCCCCAACCGGAGAGGGGACGUCGAGAACGGACACGUAACAUACUACUACGUUUCUCACCAGUCCGGCCCGUCACCUUCUCAGAGAGGUUACGGCACUCUAGCCUCGCAAGCCCCAGAAUCCCGGUCACAACCAUCAGAGUCCGCGCCUAAACCUCAACAGGAACAGAGUGCGGCCGGCAGCAGCAGCCAAGGGCAUGACGAGGCUCGCGCACCUCCUACGUAUGCUGAAGCUGUCAAGGGAGACAACAAAGUACAGAACCAUGACUAA